GCUCUCUGAGUGCCACUGUUUUGUCAUUUCAUGCUUUGAUUCAUUGGAAUGGUAUAAUUGAUGGGCUCUUUUUUCUUUUUUUUAAAUUUUCAGUUCCCCAUUUCACGUGAGACAAGAGGAUAUGAGCUUUGGCAAUUCGAGAUCCCAAUACAUACCCAUGCUAUAAAAAGCCAGCCAAGUUGCUGUGUCGUAAUCUCACUAAGCAUUUAAUAAACAAACAGAGAAAGAGAGACGCACACAGCGAGAGAGAGAAAGAGAAGCAGAAGAUGGUGUGUAGGCUGCAGAAAAGAAUUGCGUUGCGCAGAAAGCUUCACAUUCUAAGAAAACUCACUUUGUCCAAUUCUAUGAAGAGACGCUCUAUUAUUGCAGAUGCUGUUCUCUACAUUUACAAGCUCAAACUUAAGUUGGAGGAAAUCCAAAGGGAACUUUCUAUCUUAGAAGCAAUCAAAAGAGAAUACUUGAGCAUGUUAAAGCAAAUCAAGCACUUGCCCAAGGUGAAGGUAGAGAAAGCUGGGAAAGGAUUUCUGGUAAAGGUGAUUUGCGACAAGGGAAGAGAUAAUCUGGUUCCAAUAUUAGAGGUCUUCGAAGAAAUGGGUCUACUUGUGUUGCAUGCUAAGGUUUCAUGCAACGUCUACUUUCACAUGGAAACCAUUGUUGUAGCUGAAGAAGAAGAUGAUCUAGAUGUGAAAAAUGUUACUCAAGCUGUUCUUAAGGCUAUAGUAAAGCAUGUAGAGAGAGCAGACAGAAGUAUAAACUUUAACUUAAUGGAUUAAUGAGAACCCAAGUGAUCAUAAUUUGUUGUUGACAAAGUUCUCUUAGAGGAAAGCAUCUCCUGUGAUCUCUUUCGUUUUAAACAGAAAGAAAAAAAAAAAAAAUGAAUUUGCCAUUUGUUCUUUCUUUCUUAGUUGAACUAUCUCUUAUAUAUAUAUUAUUGCCAUUGCUGCUGGAGAAGUAACACUUUUCGUGGGUAUGAAAAUCUUAAACGUAGCUAUGGUGUCUGCUCUUGGUUAAGAAAUAUCUUGUGAUUGUAUUUGAUUUUCUAAUUGAGAUUAUUAGUGGAAAAAAUCGUUAUGUUGA